CAUCGCUGCAUGUCAGCGCUAGAAUCCAAGCCUCGUGUCUCGGCCUCAUGCGUGCGGCGUUGCAUAACGAGGGUCUAGACAGAUAUGCCCGACCUUGAUUCUGCCGUGGCAUCGAUAUCGCCUGCUGGGUCCAGACAGGAUAUGGACCGCAAGUCGUCGAGAGAAGAUGCCAUUCGCUCAGCAUUGCUCUCAUCGAUUGCGACCGGUAGCUUCGUAGACACCAGGUUCUACCUUCCGUCCCGCCGCUCGCGCGCUGGGUACGUUACAGACUUGCGAGCCGUAUAUGCGAACAGCAUGCUAUUUCGGAGGGCAUCGGAUGUAUUCGACAAUAUGCUUACUGGUGGUUUUGCUGAAAGCAUGUCGACAAGCUUCGAUGGCGAACCUCCCUCCGGGCAAGAAGUGUCCAUGGACGAAUACGGUUAUGAAACAGACAGCGAUCUUGACGAUACUGAAGACGAUGAGUCGGUAGACAAUGCGGCAGACCAUGUGGUUUCUGUCACUGCCACUCCGCAGUCAGUGCAGCCAGUGCAGUCAGUGCAGUCAGUGCAGUCAGAGAAUGUCGAAAGCAACGGGAUCACUGUCAGUGGUGACGGCGAUAUUGGUGAGAUCACGGAUCAUCAACACACUCAGAAUCUACGCACCGUCGGCCCUCGAGAAGCUCAGGCAGCUUCGGCUUCGGCUUCGGCCUCAUGCCCCUACGGACCAUGUACAGGUCGGACCGUCGUCGUCAAAGAUAUGGCGCAUAAAACAUGGAUCGCUCUCAUCGCUUACAUCUACACGGGAAGCAUUGAAUUUUCCCCGCUGCGGUCAAGCUCAGCAUCUCCGCCAGGCGAUCAUGGUAGUCAGAACAGAACUUCUUCUGUUGCGUGCUCGCCGAAGUCGAUGUACCGCCUUGCAGACAAGUACGGUCUCGAAGACCUUCAAGGAAUGGCUCUCAAACAGAUACGGUCGGGACUCAGUACGGACAACAUACUCAAAGAGCUAUUCUCAACGUUCACUUCCAGAUAUCCCGAGGUUCAGCAAAUUCAAGUGGACUUCCUGUGCGACAGUAUGCAGAUCUCGGACGUCAUGGCCUCGAUGCCCGGAUGGAUGGCCGUUAUGGCUCAAGGCCAUUUACCCCAUAGCCAGAAUGUGAUGUCGACUCUGUUGCUCACCAUGGCCACGAAGAUUCAGUCUUCAACAGCGUCAAAGGACGAGCUACGCCGGUGCCCGCGUUGUGUCGAUGGAAGCCGCGAGUUGACAUUCUCAUCGUGCGGCCAUACAUACAACAGACCUCUCAACAGAAAGAAAUAGCACGGGGAUCAUCGACCGUCCGGCGCCGCGCGGUUAUGUCAUUUGUUAUCGAAGUUGUGUAAGAGCGGCG